UUUCGACCAGUCGCCAUGAACCUCCUUACCUGUAGGGCCAGCUGACGCGGCAAAGCCCGCUACUUCCAACUUUUGUUGCGGGAACUCGCUUGUCCUUGGCGCAUGCACUGGGUGCACCAUGUGUGUCGUCUUCCCGUGCGCACAUGCAACGUCUUCUUAAUCUUCCUGCCAUGUGCGUCAUACGUGUUCUGUAGCUCGUCAUGUGUGUCCUAUCACCAUGAUGUGCCAAGCAACCCAAGAACAACACUGGAGUACUUUUCGCAUUCAAAAAUGAAGCUCGAUAACUGUACCACGCCGCCUCAUGCACCACAUCUUUCUAUCAGUGUGACCAUCUAUUUUGUAGCGAUUCUCCUGCUGCUCAUUGCUGCCACGAUUCCGAGUCGUUUUCUCCACCACGCCCUUACCCCACUCGGUCAUUCUUAAUUCACCGAAACCUGCUGGCUUGCCCACGCGGGCAAAUCUGCCCUGGCGGAGGGGCCCAAUGAUAAGCUUGUCUUUGAUUUCAAGAUGAUGUUUCA